UGUGUCCCUAAUUCACUCCGGAGUGAAUUAUUACUAAGUAUUAAGUAUUACUACAUUAGUACUAAGUAUAAAGGAAAAUAACUACAUAGCACAUAUAGACCUCUAUGUGCACAAGAACAUACAUAAGUACAUAAAUAUAUCUACUUUUUCUUUGAAUCAAUGAGUGUCACAUUUAAAAAGUAUAAACAUGUUAGUUACCUAAAAUUGUAUGUUUUCAGGUAGCAAACUUCAAAACUUCAUUUAAGUUUACGCACACACAUACGAAUAUAUAUGUAUAAGGUCGUAUACAUACAUAUAAUACAUAUAUGCAUACAGUUGGCUUAAAUAUUAUUAAUCACAUUUCUAGCAUUAUGCAGAUUUUUGUUUUCUACAUAUAAAACUGGAUUUAACGCGUGAGACCAUCUAUGAUAGACUCUCUAUAGUCGCAAAUUACUAUUCUUUAUAGCUAUCGCCGGUAAACAAAACUACUAACCAUACUACCCGAUAAUAAAUAUAAACUACAAAAAGCAAUAUAAACUUUAAAUGCUGCCCAACAACAACAACAAAAACCCUGUGCGUGUUUGUCAUUAAGACGUGAGUGUGGUUUUAUAUGAAAACUUGUCUUCAAGCGUUUCUCAAAUCUCCAACGCAAACUCAACUUUUUAAUUAUAUACCGGAGGAGAAUACAGCUAACGACUCUGGAGGAAUCACUUAUAUAUACAUACAUACAUAUGUACCGUCAAUAAUGGUGAACCAAAGAACGAGAUGCUGCGUGACAGCAUGGACGAGUUGAGAGCGUAUAGUUUUAUAUAAAAAACGUUGCAUAAACCAAAUUCAAAUUGUGGAGUUUUGGAGGAAAUGAAGGAAUACAGUGUACGGUGGAGUGAGUUCGAACAAGAUACAAGUUUAUAGAUACAUAUUUAUGUAUGUAUGUAGGCAAACUAUAACGCAACACAGAGCGACACCGGUAAAUGCCGGCAUGUAACCUUGAAACACGCAACAACAAACAAAGCUCCACAUUUUACCACAUUGCACCCAACAAAGAACGAGUGUCAACUUUGCAUGCGAAAACGAAUCGGCAGCGCAAUUGUUGGGGCGUGCGUUUUAAACUCCAAUCGUCAUUUUGUUGUGUCCCACGACACUUCUAUUGAUACACACCACCGAGCGCAGUUGGAGCAACAAUAUUCGUAUCACCACAAUAUUUUGCGUCAUUUGAAAUUCAUUCAACACCUCACAGCCGCCUCUUUAGUGGAGUGACACCGAGAGUAACACUGUUGAAUAUUAAAUACUUGUACACAUCAAACGGCGAACCGAACAAUAAAGAAGCCAUUUGUGCGAAUUGAAAACGACAACAAUAAAAUGGCUAGCAAGUGCAUCAUAACAUUUGACAAUAACCCCAUGGGUGUUUACUAUGCCGGCCAAACGGUUUCCGGCGUGGCGGAGUUAACAACAACAAGGCCGAAAACGAUUAGAUCUAUCUACAUCAGCGUCUGCGGUCACGCUGAAACCCGCUGGACGGAGAAUGUAACCAAACAAGACACUGAGGGUAAACCGCAAAAGACCAUCGAAACGUUUUCCGGUUCCGAGUUGUAUUACAGCAGUGAGAAUCAUGUUUAUGGACAAAGCGGUGGUGUACAAAUCGAAUUGCCGCCCGGCAAGUAUGCAUUUCCCUUUCAGACGACUAUACCACCGAAUGCGCCCACAUCGUUUAAUGGUUCGUGGGGUCAAGUGCAGCAUGAGGUCGCUUUGGUGAUCGAUCGUGUCAUGCGUUAUGACAAUAAAUUCAAACAAGGCUAUACGGUGAUCUCACCAUAUGAUCUGAACCUCAAUCCGGAGCAUAUGAAAGCAUUGCAAAAGAUCGAAGAGAAGACAUUUUGUUGGAGUUUUUGUUGUGGCAGCAAAGGUCCAAUGGUUAUGCAUGUAAAGGUGCCGUUUUCCGCUUACGCACCUGGACAAAAGAUACGUUUUAACGUUGUACUGGAUAAUCAGUCAGAUGUGCGCUGCUCCGAUGUAAAGGUGCGGUUAAUGAAGAAAGUCACCUUCACCAGCCGCAAUCCAGAAGCUAAGCGACAAGUUGUGGAAGUCAAAGUUGCUGAUAAUCACUGUGGUGAAGUUGUUAAAAACAAUAAAGCGGAAUUUAAUGAAUAUUUGCAAAUUCCCUCAACCACGCCCACUUCACUGGAGAACUGUAGUCUCAUUAAAGUGAGUUAUACUCUGAAAUUCAUAGCCAAAGUUUCGCGCAUACACGGAGAUUUAAUAAUCGAGUUUCCACUGGCCAUCGGCACUGUGCCGUUAUAUGCUAGCGCCAACGACCAAGGUCCGGUCACAACACAACCUGUCUCAGGGCCGGUCUACAAGCCACUACCACCACCUAUGUUCGAGGAGGAUGUACGUAGCGAACAAUUUGAAGAUAACACAUUCCGUCCACGUUACCCUAUCUUCCUCAGCGAUGCUGGCUUACAAGCUGAUGCUACUGGACCGAAUAAUCAACCACUACCACCAUCCAAUGGUAUUUAUCCUUCGAAUGUUGCUCCGGCGCCAGCACCUGCAGCACCAAUGCCUUCUACACCGCAGCAUAACAAUUCUAUGCCUGCUCACAAUUAUAUGCCCUCACCAGCUGCUGCACCUUCGCCAGCUCCACCUACACCAUUUGCACCAUCUUUGAAUAAUACUACUGUGGGUCCCACACCUACCCCGGCCACUGGUGGUGGCAAUGUAGAUGUACUAGGAUUCAGCUUGCCACCGGACUAUGCGCCCACACCGGCACCAGCGCCAGGUUCUAAGCCUGGUAUUGGUUGGAAAUAAGUUUUGAGACAUUUUUUUUUAGAAGAAAAACUUCUUGAUAUUACUCAAACAAACAGACAUAUAUAUACACGUACAUACAUAUGUAGACAUGAAUACAUGUGAAGACUCUUAAUCCAUUUUGAAAUGUUUAAAAAGUUUAAAUUUAUAAAGAUGCAAGUGUAUGCAUCGCAAGUAUUGCAUUUUACAAUAAAUAUAUUUUUUAUGAAUAUUUUUGCAAAA